AUGGCGACCAUGUAUCUUCUUUACGAGUCAUCCCCCGGCUACGGUUUGUUCCAAGUGAAGGGCCUUGACGAGAUCGGUCAGAACACUGAGGCGGUUCGAAGCUCUGUUUCGGACCUUAGUCGGUUCGGUCGGGUCGUCCAGCUCAUUGCUUUUCACCCUUCAGAGUCUGCACUCGAUUCUCUCAACCAAAUCAACGCCGUUUCUGAAGGGUAUAUGACUGACGAGCUGAGAAGUUUUCUGGAAUUGAAUCUCCCGAAAGUUAAAGAAGGCAAAAAGCCCAAAUUUAGCUUAGGAGUAUCCGAGCCAAAAAUCGGAUCUUGCAUAUUUGAAGCCACGAAGAUUCCUUGUCAGAGCAAUGAGUUCGUCCACGAGCUUCUUAGAGGUGUUCGUCAGCAUUUUCAUAGAUUCAUCAACGACCUCAGGCCUGGUGAUCUCGAAAAGGCUCAACUUGGAUUAGCUCAUAGCUACAGUAGAGCAAAGGUCAAGUUCAACGUUAACCGAGUGGAUAAUAUGGUUAUUCAAGCUAUUUUCCUGCUCGAUACGCUUGAUAAAGAUAUCAAUACCUUUGCUAUGAGAGUCAGAGAAUGGUACUCAUGGCACUUCCCUGAGCUAGUCAAGAUUGUUAACGACAACUAUCUUUAUUCCCGAGUUUCGAAGAUUAUAGAGGACAAGUCAAAGUUGUCUGAAGAGCAUAUUCCAAUGCUUACUGAAGUCCUUGGUGAUGAAGAUAAAGCAAGUGAGGUUGUUGAGGCCGGAAAAGCAUCUAUGGGCCAGGAUCUAUCACCGGUUGAUUUGAUCAAUGUCCAGACCUUUGCUCAGAAAGUUAUGGACCUCGCGGAUUACAGAAAGAAGCUCCAUGAUUACCUCGUUGCCAAAAUGAGCGACAUUGCUCCAAAUUUGGCUGCCUUGGUUGGAGAAAUGGUUGGAGCCAGGUUGAUUUCACAUGCGGGAAGUCUUACGAAUCUUGCAAAGUGCCCAUCUUCAACUCUACAGAUUCUUGGAGCCGAGAAGGCGCUUUUCAGGGCGUUGAAAACACGCGGAAACACACCAAAGUAUGGUCUGAUAUUCCAUUCUUCAUUCAUUGGCCGUGCAUCUGCUAAGAACAAGGGCCGUAUUGCUCGUUUUCUGGCCAACAAGUGUUCUAUUGCUUCCCGGAUUGAUUGUUUCGCUGAUAGUAGCACUACAGCAUUUGGUGAGAAACUUCGUGGACAAGUAGAGGAAAGGCUCGACUUUUAUGAUAAAGGCAUUGCUCCACGUAAGAAUGUCGAUGUUAUGAAAGAGGUUUUGGAAAAUCUUGAGAAGAAAGAUGAAGUAAUGGUCGAUGCCUCUAAAGAGAAAAAGAAGAAGAAAGAGAAGAGAAAGAUUGAGGAGAAAGUAGACAAUGAGAAAUCAGAGAAGAAGAAGAAGAAGAGCAACACAGCUGAUGAUUCUCAAAGCAAGAAGAAAAAGAAGAAAACUAAGACGGAAGAUGAAUGA